CCGAAUAUGAAUUUGUCCGGAGAUUCUUAUUAAUAUUAAGCUUUAAGCAUUAAUCUGGAAUACGUAACAAAUGUUGCCGGAAUCCUAGCAACGGCUCUAGUAAACCUGCGGGCAAAUGACGUAGAGGUUGCCUGUGGAAACGAGUAGUUUAUGGCAACGAGCGCUUUCACCAUUCAAGCUCUAAUGGCAGAGAAAGAAUCAGUAAACAAGGAUGAACCUACUUUUCCAUGUAAAAUUUGCAGUCGAAAAUUCAUCCGCUCGAGUUUGGUGAAACACGAGCCUGUUUGUAAGAAAAUCACCAAGCUACACAGGAAACCCUUCGAUUCCGGCAAGCAAAGAGCAACAGGUAGUGAUAUCACGUAUGCCGAUGUAGCUCGAGCAGCAAAGGAACGCGAGAAGCUAGGUGGUGUGUAUCCACGACCGACAACAAACUGGAAGGAAAGGCACGAGACGUUUAUUGAUGCUGUUUCUUCAUCGAAAAAGGUGGAUUAUGCAAUAAAAACGGGUGCUCCACUACCGCCACCUCCAAGAACUGCAGUGCCCAGUGAUUACCUACAGUGCAACUACUGCGGUCGAAAUUUCAGUGAGAAGGCAGCUGAACGCCAUAUACCGUUUUGCAAGGAGCAAAAUGCAAGAAAACCUACAAAUUACUCUGCAAAGUCAGUGUCCAGUUACCGCAAAUCAUCUGCAAAGAGCGAGGCCGGAAACGAAAUCCCCUUCAAUUCAUCACAAAGAAGAUCACAAGAUGAGCAACAUUCAUCGCAGAGAACAGAGUCACGUGCUAAGUCAAUGGAGACGAGGCACUCUUCCCGAACUCUCCGUUCUUCAUCCAGGAAUGCUUCACAAUCUGCGGGCGCACGUCAGCAGGAAAAUACCAAGGCAUUCAGCCCAAAACGAAGUUCUUCUGCGCCGAGGACACCGGCUUCACGUCUAAAAACGCCGACGCCAGUUGCAUCGCGAAUGAGGGUGAAGGAUUAGUUUUGCAUGAUUUUAUACCAUAUCUCCUUUUUGAAUUGAACACAGUUUUAGUUGUGAUAAAAUUUG